UCAGUCGCCGUGAACUGCAUGAAGGUAACGUUAGUCAUGGAUUUACCGGGAUAUUUUGGUGACGGUCCCGCCGCGAUGCGCGAGCGCGACUUCACUGAGGCCAUCAGCUUGAGAAUGCGCGUGCCCGAGCGGCUGCGGGUCGGUCCAGCGCGUCACGCGCACGAACCGGAAGAUCUGUCUGCUGCCUACAGCAUGCACAUACCAGACAGACUGGCCUUAACAGAUGCUCCUGAUAUGAGUCCACGACCUCUUUUCUCCAAACACGCAUCAUCAUCGUGGGACCUGCAUCGCGCGUCCUGGGACAGGGACGCGUUCACGAGAGAGCCUGUCCAGAGUCCACUGCGAAGGUCUUAUAGUGACCAGGGCUUCGGUCGAACCCCACCUGGAACCCCCACACACUCCAGACAAACACUGCGCUCCCAGUCUCCUACCCCUGUCCGCAAUAGCCGCGGUGUUGGACAUACAGACCCGUCCCCGGCCCCGCCAAAGCCCCCGGGGCUUCCCUCUAUCCCGCCUAACCUGCUGUCCCCACAGAGCAUGCUACAGGCCGCCAGGGAGCUGGGCCAGCAGGCGUCCCAGAAACUCCUGCAGAAGUACUCCUCCAGGUUUGGUUACCCGGAAAACCAUCCCUCUCAGGCGGCGGAGGUUCAACCUGAUCAGAGCAGGACAAGUGCCUCGCAGGAGUUCUGGCUCAGUCCUGACGAGGACACCGGCACUGCUGUUGAGUUGAUGGUGCUGCGCAGACAGGUGGUGAAGAUGAGCAGGAGAGUGGCAGGUCUGGAGAGACAGAACACCGAGCGCAGACAGACAGAGCUGCUGCUCUUCUCUCUCUUACUGUCGGCCUGUCUGAUCAACGGCUGGCUGUGGAUGCGCAGAUGACGGCUCGCCUCACAACACUACAAGAGCCCGCGAACUACAACACUGUGCACAUAUCGGUGUUCCAGUGAUUUACAUGGAUGCAUUCGUUUCAUCCUGAUUCUGGUAAACUGCUCCUAUAGAGGACAGAGGCAUACAUGUUUGCCACCAUCCAUUAUGAUCAUGCUUGUGACAUGGGUCACUUUGGCAUGUUUUUCUCACAGUAAUGCCAUCUCUCUUUGGCUCUUUGAUCAGACUAGUAGAAGCUAGUUUGAUUUAUAACUAUGUGAAUGAGAUUUUGCAUGCUUUACACAUUAUGAAAAGUCUAAAUAUGAGGGUUUGUAUUUAGUUUUCUUCCAAUUAGGCACUUGAAUAGCAGCUUCAUCCAUUUUAACAUUUGCCUAGCCUGAUGAAUGUAUAUUUAAAAUAAUAAAAAUGUUUUCUUCUCAAUG